GAAACAUGAACGCAGAGAAAUCUCCGCCUAUUAGAGCUCUCUCUCUCAGUUUUGCCUUCCAAUCUCAUCAAUCUCUCUCUCUCUCUCUCUCUCUUCCAAAAAUUCUCCCACUUUCUCUCUCUACAUUCCAGAGCAAGCAAAACCCAGUUACCAUUUUCUCACAACAAACGCACAGAAAGAGAGAGAGAGAGAGAGAGAGCAGAAGAGGGACCUUCCUAGCUAGCUAGAUCAACGCACCUCCCUCUCUACUAUUAAAAGAAGAGAAAAGAAAAGCCUUUGCUUUGAAAAGUUCUUAUAUCGCUUUCUUCUGGGCAUUGAUCCUCUUCAGUGUAUUUCUUCAAAAACAUACUCUGAAAGAGUCAUUUCAUGAUUAGAGACUGAGGCGUUAUAUUUAGUUCAUAUCUGUAAAGAUUUUGCCAAAAUGCUAAAUUUAGGCAGGGGCAGACCUCAGACAAGGUCUAGUAGGCCCAUGUCUCUUGGAGGCCUGGAUUAUUCAGACCCGAAGAAGAAGAACAAUUUUGUAGUAAAAAUUCUUUUGGUUGCCGCCCUAACAGCAUUAUGUGUUGUCAUGCUGAAGCAAUCCCCAACUUUUAUUGCUCCUAGCCCGUUUGCGCUUCAUGAACCGGGGGUAUUUCACGUAUUAGUGACAGGAGGGGCUGGCUAUAUUGGUUCACAUGCUGCAUUACGACUUCUAAAGGACUCAUAUCGUGUAACUAUUGUGGAUAAUCUUUCACGGGGAAACUUGGGUGCUGUCAAGGUUCUCCACGAGCUAUUUCCUGAACCUGGGAGGCUCCAGUUUAUCUAUGCUGACUUGGGGGAUGCGAAAUCUGUUGAUAAAAUUUUUUCUGAGAAUGCAUUUGAUGCUGUUAUGCAUUUUGCUGCUGUUGCAUAUGUUGGGGAAAGCACCCUUUAUCCACUCAAGUAUUAUCACAAUAUUACAUCGAAUACCUUGGUUGUGUUGGAGAGAAUGGUUGCUCAUGGUGUAAAGACAUUGAUAUAUUCCAGCACAUGUGCAACUUAUGGGGAGCCUGAUAAGAUGCCCAUCACUGAAGACACUCCACAGCUCCCAAUCAAUCCAUAUGGUAAAGCUAAGAAGAUGGCGGAAGAUAUUAUCCUGGAUUUCUCUAAAAAUUCAGACAUGGCAGUUAUGAUCCUGAGAUACUUCAAUGUGAUUGGUUCGGAUCCAGAGGGCAGAUUAGGUGAAGCUCCUAGACCUGAACUUCGUGAGCACGGACGUAUAUCAGGAGCUUGUUUUGAUGCUGCUCGUGGUAUCAUUCCCGGGCUAAAGGUUAAAGGAACAGACUAUAGGACACCUGAUGGGACCUGCAUACGCGAUUAUAUCGAUGUCACUGACCUAGUUGACGCUCAUGUGAAAGCUCUUGAGAAGGCAGAGCCUCGUAAAGUUGGAAUCUAUAAUGUUGGUACUGGAAAAGGUAGAUCAGUAAAGGAGUUUGUGGAAGCGUGUAAGAAGGCGACAGGGGUGAACAUCAAAGUCGGAUACCUUGACCGUCGGUCUGGUGACUAUGCUGAAGUGUACAGUGACCCAACUAAGAUCAGGAAAGAACUCAACUGGACGGCAAAGCACACCAAUCUUCAAGAGAGUCUGAAGACGGCGUGGAGAUGGCAAAAGUCUCAUCUCAACGGUUACGGGACUCCGUUGGUGACGUCUUCUUGAAAAUGAUAUAACAGCACCUUCAUAUUAGAAAGAAAACAUCGACACAAGACUUCAUCUGCUGCUGACUAGCACAAAUUCUUUAGCUCGAUUAGAAAGGGGGGUUUUGGGAUUAAAUUUUCCUCAUUUAUAUAAAAGUUAUUAUUAAGUAGUUGUAGAGAGCUUCCGGGCCAUUUGUUACAUUACAUGUAUUUGAAGAGACGACGUAGUUCAAUAAUAUGAUUAUCAGCUGCAGGUAUAGCUUUCAUUGUA